AUUCCAAUCUAUUCUGAAUCGAAUAUUUGUAUCUAGAACUUCAGUUAAAACCUGUUCUAAAGUGGAUCUGGAAUACAUGGUUUACAUAAAGUGCUAAUAGCAAUGUGAAGGGAAGAUAAUUACCUUAAGGAGCUCAUGUGAUGAGUUACAACUUACAAGAGAAAAAAAGAGACCUAAACUUGCAACAAAACAUUGUGAAUUGGGCGAAAGAUGCUUAAUUCUAACUAGAGUGCAUAAUUUCUCUUAAAAAAACAAACUGAUUGUUGGAAGCAGAAUUGGGUGGCGUGCGAUCCAAACUUACCAUUGCUGAUUUGCUGUAUUGUGUUGUGAUCUCGUUGGUUUAAUCUGUUCAUACUCUCUUGUCAAAGAUCUCUGAAAUAAUAGUUUUACUCUAUAAACAUAAUCAACACCGAUAAUAUGAUAGACUUUGUGUUGAUAUUGUAAAAACAUCAUCUAUGAGGUUCAACAAAAGAGAUGCAUUUGUCAAUGUAGUGACAAAUCUAAAAUAACUCAAGGGAUAGACUAUUCAUAAUUUGGCAACAAAAAAAAUAAACUAAACAAUUAAAUUUAUCAAAUAACGUAUAAAUGUGACCAAUCAAUUUCAAAAAACUAAACGAUUUGGGGAAUGGGUUUCGAGUUUUGUUGUCAUGUCCCUCGCUGCCUAUGUCACUAUUUUUAAAAAAAAAAAUUAUUUUAAUUGGUUAGAUUUACAACCCUAACUUCAUGUUACUCAACAAACUUCAUGUGAAUAUCUUUAUUCAACAAAUUUCAUGUUACUCGCAAAAAAAAUUGUAAAAUGAAACAUACGAGUAUAAGAAAGUGAGCCUGUGUGCCCAUUUUUCUUACUUUCCAUCCUCUUCUCUCAACUUUCUCUCUCUCUCUUCUCAAUCUAAAUUAUUUUACAUUUCUGUAAUAAAUAUGCUUUUUUCUUCAAUAAUUAUCUGAAAGCCAUUAACAAUUUGUUCAAACUUCACUUCCUUUUUCGGCAACAUUACAGUAUAGUACUCCUUCCGAUCCUUUUUGUUCUUUAAACCCAAGUAAUAAAAUGGGAGAAUCAAAAGACACCCACGUAGUAGAAAUCCCAGUAAACCAAGAUCAAAACCUGAAAACAGCAAUCAUGAUUCAACAAUACCCAAUGAAUGGAAAUCUCAAAAAGUCCAGGCCAUAUACUCCAUCUUAAACUCUGGCAAAGAGAAUAACACCUCUUCGCCCGUCGAAUCAACGUUAACAAUCCAAUUUAGAAGUUAACAUAUGAAGCAAGGUGGUUUUCCCGGCAUUAUUUAAACCUAAGAAGAAGAUCUUUGCUUCUUUCGGCCAUAAUCCAAGUAACGCAAGAACAUUGUUUUCCGAGGCUGAAAUAAGGAAACCAAGAACAAACCUUGGGAUUUCAGAAGUAAUUGAAGAAAUCAAACAACAAUCCAAUUAGACCAAUUUUUAAUACUACCUCCGUUUUUUAUUAUGUGCAACAAAGGGUAUUAUUUGUGAGACAUAAAAUAUUUUUUUGUUGCACAUAAUAGUUAGGGUUAGGUCUACAAACCUUAAGAAUUGAGCAUGAUCAACAACAGCUUCAAGAUGGCUAAGAUUAAAAAAAAUAUAAGAGAGAAAGUGAAGGAGAAGUAAGAGAUAACCGUAGAUAAGCUACAGUAGCACUAUUGCUUCUGAUUUGGGUAAUUUGUUAGAGUGCUUCAAUUGGGUUUUGCUGUGAGGGUAAUUAUUCAUCAAUUGCAUUUGGGUUAUUCAAUCUGGAAUAUUGCUCUUUGAUAAUUACUAAGUAUAGUACGCCGACGAAAAUCAGAUCAAAACACGGACGACGACCCCAACAGCCAAUCUAAACAACCGAAACCCAAUUUUUCAAUUUUCAAGUGAUCAAAGAAAUAAUACCGGAUGUGAUCUGCAUACGAUUUCAAGCAGCAAGAAGGCUUGAGAUUGAAGUUCCGAUAAGUAAUACGGAGUACAAUGGUGAAUAACAGUUAAAUUCAAUGAAGUUCACUGAUUGCGAAGACAAUAACGGGUAGGACCACUAUGGUUAAAGGGCUUUUGCUCUAACGUUGUUCUGUGGUAGUAACUUUGCAAAAUUGUCUGUCAUGAGCUAUUUACGUAAAUAAGCCCGGUUUAUCUAGGAGAUGAACUGGGGCCUGCUCUUUUUAUUAAUGGUUGUAGAUUAAGGAUUGUAGAUAAGGUUUGUAGAUAAGGGAAAGUAAAGUUAUAAUGUCCUUAUUUUGCUACUGAACUGCUAAUAUUUCUCCUACUCCUAAUUUAUCAGUAAAUCAAUCAGUGAGGUUUGAGUGAAAAUGGCAAUCGGUGAGAUAUUUCUCUCAGCGUUUAUUCAGGUACUCUUUGAGAAGCUGGCUAACCUGGCUUCUGCUGGGAUAAGCCCUUAUCUGAAAAAAACGAAGCAAAGACAACACAAAAGCAUCGGAAGAUGGCAGCAAGAUCUGAGAUUGAUAGAAGCAGUGCUAAGUGAUGCUGAGCAACAACAACUCCACAGCAAUGCUGUGAAAGUUUGGCUUCAGGAUCUCCAAGACUUGGCCUUCGACUUGGAAGACGUCUUAGAUGAGUUUGUAACUGAAGCUCGAAUUCACGAGUUGGGGAAUGAUGCUUUACAGGAACAUGACUCGAGAUUUGGUUGUUCACCCUUCUGUAAGGUUCAGGUACCAAGCUUUCUAGCCAGUUCUUCUAAAGCUUCAAAAUUAAAGAGUGCAAAUUAUUCAGAUACCAUUGAACAGAUUAGCAGCCGCUUGCAAGAUAUUCUGACCCAGUCAGGAAGUUUAGGUCUCUCACCCCAGACACAGUCGAGAGAAGAGCAGCGAGGGCAGAUAUCAACAGACUCAACAUCUUUAGUACGCGAGCCACAAGUGUAUGGAAGAGGUGAUGAGAAAGAUGAGAUAAUCCGGCGGUUAUUAGAGGAUGACCCAUGUUGGGAGAACUACGUUGUAGUUCCUGUUGUCGGAAAAGGAGGCAUUGGAAAGACCACCCUUGCUCAAUGUGUUUACAAUGAUGAGCAGGUUAAGAAUCACUUCAAUUUUAAAGCAUGGGUGUGCGUAUCAGAUGUGUUUGACGUCAAACAGAUAACCACAACAAUAAUCAAUUCAGAUAGUUCUACUACACAUAAUUUCAUUGAUCUUAACGAGGCACAUGUAAAGUUGAAGAAUCUGCUAGCAGAUAAAAGAUUCUUGAUUGUUCUUGAUGAUGUUUGGAGUGAUGAAUAUGAUCCUUGGGACAAACUUCAGAUCCCAUUUCAAACAGCGGCAAAGGGAAGCAGAGUCUUAGUCACAACAAGAUUAGAGAGGGUAGCAAAGAACAUGCUUAAAAGACCAACUCAAAGCCCAAUCAUUUACUUAAAGGGUCUGUCAGACGAUGAUUGUUGGCUUCUGUUUCAGCAGCAUGCACUUGUAGAUGACAACCUGAUUGAGAUGCGGGAUGAAGUUGUGAAGUUGUUCAAAGGAUUGCCUUUGGCUGCUAAAGCUCUAGGAGGUCUUCUAAGAAAAGAAGAUAAGAGCAAGUGGUCAAAGAUAUUACAGAGCAACGUAUGGAGUGAGGAAAGUGGUGUUUUGCCAUCUCUAAGGUUGAGUUAUCAUCAUCUCCCGCAGCAUUUAAAACGUAUUUUGCUUAUUGCUCGAUAUUUCCUAAAGAUCAUACAUACAUAGAGAAGGAUAUUGUUUUGAUGUGGA